AUGGCCGACCAUGUGCACCGCGUUACGCUGUUCAAGCUGCCCAAGCCUGAAGAUGUCAACACAUUGAUUGAGCAGUACAAAGUCCUUGAGGCUACCCACCAAAAGAACGGCAAGCCAUACUUAAAGUCCGUCGUCAUUGGUAAACCCGAGGCCGACCCUCGAGCUCAAGGCUACACCUUGUGUGCCAAGACCGAAUUUGCCAGCGCCGAUGAUAUGAAGUAUUACGACGAGGAAUGUGAGGCCCACAAGACGCUCAAGGGGGUCGCCAAAUCUCUCGCGCUGGAAGGCGCGAUGAGCGUUUACUUCAAGCCUACCGUCUACCACCCUACCGUCGGCGCCGGAUCCUCGCAAUAG